UGCUGCUGUAAUUCAUUUCACAAACUGGCAUGGUAAAAAGUUUAAUCUAUGGUUUAUGACCUCUGAUGAAUCAUGUUGGGGGAUAAGGAACCUUCCUAUCCACCUAGCCACCCUGCUUAACUUAUUUCCAUUUUUCCACCUAUGACACCACAUCCUCAUUUCUAAUGUAUCGCUGCCCAUCCAGUGUUUCUUGCACCCAUUUUUUGAAGUGGUAAUCAGAGUGCUUGAUCCCUAAAUUUUAUUUUUGUAUUAUAUGGAACUGGAUAUUCUUUGAAGGCUUAAUACCAAGGAGUGUACCAGUAUAUAUGGCAAUAAAUUUAUGCCUGUUACAACGGUGAAUACCUCAUGUCUGUUGCUUGACUAUGCCACCCAAUGAUUAGUUGAAAUCUGGUUAGUUACUAGUUCUGAAUUGUGCUUGGACAUGUUAGCAUGCUGGCAAAUCAUGCUUUUCGAUAGCAUUUGAGCAUACUAUGCUAUAAUCCUAGAGCAGAUACUUGUAUAUACUGUGCACUUUUAAAAUGUUAGCCUUGUAUUCACUUUUUCUCUUCAUUGUUAUGACUUAUGAUGCAAGAGAUUUAAAAUUGCUACCUAACAUAUUUUUUAACAUAUUGUGUCGAGUUUCCAGGUUUUAUUUGUUUGACUGAAUAUUAUUUUCUGUUGCAUUACGUUGGAACACUUAUGUUUUUCUCAAAUUGCUUGAAGCUAGAUCGCCAGAAGAAGAGCAGCACACAUUUCAAAGUACCCUGAUGCACAAGUCAUAAGCCUUGGCAUUGGUGACACCACAGAACCCAUUCCAGAAGUUAUAACUUCUGCCAUGGCUAUGAGAGCACAUUCUCUCUCAACUGUUGAGGGAUAUAGUGGUUAUGGAGCUGAACAAGGGGACAAGGUAACUAAUUAUAGUGGUUAUGGAGCUGAACAAGGGGACAAAAAACUAAGGGCUGCUAUAGCCUCAACAUAUUACAAAGACCUUGCUAUUGAUGAAACUGAUAUAUUUGUCUCAGAUGGUGCAAAAUGUGAUAUAUCUCGGCUUCAGAGGGAAGGGGGUGGUUUGUAUGGAUAAACUGGUUUUAUACGCCUUAUCUUUCUUAUACAUUCUACGGGUCCUUUUUGGAUCUGAAGUGAAGAUGGCAGUUCAAGAUCCAUCGUACCCUGCAUAUGUAGAUUCAAGUGUUAUUGUGGGACAAACUAGCUUAUUUCAGAAGGAUAUUGAGAAAUAUGGAAACAUUGAAUACAUGAGAUGUGUACCUGAGAAUGGAUUUUUCCCAGAUUUGUCAACCAUUUCACAUGUUGAUAUUAUAUUUUUUUGUUCACCAAACAAUCCCACGGGUUCAGCAACAACAAGAGACCAGCUGAUCCAUCUGGUUCAGUUUGCACAGGACAAUGGCUCAAUUGUAGUUUUUGAUUCUGCUUAUUCCCUGUAUAUUUCAGACGACAGUCCACGUUCUAUUUAUGAGAUUCCUGGAGCAAAAGAGGUAGCAAUUGAAACAUCAUCCUUUUCUAAAUUUGCUGGAUUCACUGGUGUUCGCCUUGGCUGGACUGUUGUCCCGAAGGAACUACUUUUCUCUGAUGGUUUUCCUGUUGCCAAGGAUUUUAAUCGUAUAGUUUGUACCUGUUUUAAUGGUGCAUCGAACAUAGCACAAGCUGGAGGCCUGGCUUGCCUUUCUCCCGAGGGUCUGAAGGCCAUGGUUGAAACAAUCAAAUUCUACAAAGAGAACACCAAGAUAAUUGUUGACACAUUUAAAUCGCUUGGCUUUGGGUACACUUUCCAGGCUGAAGCGGGUUUGGAUGUGGUCACCACCCCAGGAAGCGGGUUUGGACCUGCAGGUGAGGGCUUUGUUAGGGUCAGCGCCUUUGGUCACAGAGCAAACAUAAUGGAAGCUGCCAAAAGAAUCAAACAGCUUUACAAGUGAUCUAGAUUGCUGUUGAAGACUGUUUUGGAAUGGUACAAUUGUGAUGCAGCAACACGUUGGUUUGGUUUGUUCAUCAUCACAUGUCUCGAUUUUAAAAAGAUACAUUUGUUCGCAGCGAGGAGGAAUAAGCAGCCUCUAGGGCAAAAUAUGAGACACCGUGAAUUUUCUGUGGCUUUUGGAAUGUUCUGUAAGGUUUAAUCACAAGGCUAUCAUGUUUUUGUUGAUUUUAUUUGAGAAAUGCCUGUUUAGUAGCUGAAUUUACUUGUUCUUUGG